CAGUCUGCAAUCUUCAACUUUCAGAGCUUGCUAAUCGUCCUCCUCCUCACCAUCUGCACCUGCGCCUACGUCAGAGCGAAUUUUCCUUCGAUCCUCGAUAGAAACAAGUCCGGAUUUCUUGGGUUGUUUUGGAAAGCUGCGAGGAUAGGAGAGCGGUUAUCACCCUGGGUGUCGGCGAGUUGUAUUGCGAUGGCGUUCUCAGUGUUGUUUCUGAGUUGA